UGUUGAACAAGGUGUCUGGAUACACCUCGCUGACAGCGUGAAAUCUUUGCUAUUUUAAUUCAUUGAGAACGGUCUAUCCAAGCAUUCAAGCAUGAUUUUAAUGGUUUUUCACUUCUCAAGCUUUUAAAAAUAGAGCAGUCAUCCUCGUGUAGUGGUUGAAUACGGGUUGAAAUUCAGCUGUAGGGAAGCCCAGAAGUUGAUGUUUGACCCCCGGGGCGUCUUCAUUUCAGGACGUAUUUAAUUUCCUACAAGGACAUUUUGUUUCUGUGAUCGUUGGAUAAUUUCGCUUCAUAACACCAAAUUUAAAGGUGUAUUUAUAGUAAUUUCAAACGUUCAACUGUUCAAGGACCACGCCUCUAAACACGGAAGCGUGUGUGUCAUAUGGAGCUAUUAUAGGACGUAUUUUCUCAAUAAACGUCAAUGGAACUCUGAAAGUUGACAGAACUUCCUGAAAAUAAUUGAAAUAAUGCAGUGUUACGUGCCGUUCGCGGCUGCAGUGGCUUUCGUCCUUUUUGUAACGUGUUCUGCAGAUGGACAUGAAAUGGGGUUGGAAUGCCCAGAUGGAUGGAUCCUGGGGUAUGACAAAUGCUACAAAGUGUUUCAUGGUGACAACAAAAGAACCUAUGCAAGAGCGAGGGAAAUGUGCGAAAAUUAUGGGUCCCGACUAGUCACAAUCAAGGACCAGCUUGAAAAUGAUCUCAUAGGUGAAAUGGUUAAGACAGUUAUUGGAAAUGAAACUUUCACUUAUUAUAUUGGGCUAUCUAAAGAGAAGACAGAUGCCUGUGAUACAUGUACCGAGCUGAGAUGGAGUAAUGGUGAAGAAGCGACCGACUACCUGGCAUUCUGGUCAGAUUCUGAGCCAGAUGAUUCUGAUGGUGGUUGUGUCUUUUCAAGGAAUAACAGCCAGGAAUAUGUAUAUGACAGACCAUAUACAUGGUCUUACUCUAACUGUUUGGUCAUCCGGUCCUUCGUCUGUGAAAAAAUGGCUGCACCUGAAGAUACUUUCCAAUGUUUUAGUGGUGGAUACAUCAACAAGGACAAUGUGUGUAAUGGUAACAGUGAAUGUGAAGACAACUCUGAUGAACUUAAUUGUCCAAUGGACUGUCGUUACUACCACAAUGGGGAAAAUGGUGCCUUGGGACCACUGAUGUACAGAGAUACUAUGACAUGUACUUGGGCUAUUGAGACACCCCCAGGAACUAAUGCAUAUGUUACGUUUAACAACUUCAACACAGAAUACCAAGCAGAUGUUGUGACAAUAUAUAUUGGAAGUACAAGUGAGACCAAAGCUAUGCUUGUUGACCGUAUCUCUGGGGACAUCGGAACAAGGUCGUACCGCAGUUACAACAACUUUAUGUUCCUGAAGUUUUCCUCUGACUUUUCUGUUAGCAACACUGGCCUCAUGACCGGCUUCAGUGGGACUUAUGGUUCAUUGAAAGAGAGUACAAAUUUCCAAGUAAAUCUGGUAGCAACUAAUACACCAAAAGAAUACAGUGUGAACACCUUUGAUGUUUCUAACACCAAUACUUUCCUUGGACAGAGAGACUAUAUUAUUGUUAUAGAGACACAAAAUGGAUACCAGUUUGGUCAAACGAUUACUUUGGAGAUCCUGGACCUUCAGAUUAAUGAUGGGGAGUCUGUCAUGUUCUUUGAUGGCGGCAGCAAUGAUAAGGUGCUAGCAUCAAACUGUAACAAUGAUGAUGAUUGUGACAACUACAAGCUGAUUUAUUCUACCGGGAAGAAAUUGUCAAUCCUUCUGAGAACACAGAGAACAGUCUCCAAUAGUGUUAUGUUUAGAUUCAGAUAUAGACAAGGAUGCUACUAUGAGACCACAGAUCGCUGGGGCACCAUAUAUACACCUGGAUUUACUGGCAAAAUCAACUAUCCAAACUUCGUUAAGUGUACGUGGAAGAUAACGGUUAAUGAACCAAUUGCCAUUUAUUUUGACCCAGAAUCUCGACUUCAAUCGGUUGAUCACAACCGGAUAGUUAACGGAGACUUUCUGAAGAUGUAUGAUAAUGAUACAAUGGUUGGCUCAUUAGAACGUGGACUAUCGUCAAGUGACAUCGUGGGAAAAGUUUUCAAACUGAAUAGCGGUAUUUAUAUGUUGGAGCUUGAAUCAUCAGUAACAAGAUCUGCUAGAGGAUUCCUCGCUACUUGGUCUACGGCUUGUAUGAACCCAAAUUAUGAUGAGAAUACAGUGGUGACCCCAUCACCAGGUGCAUGGCACUAUAGAUCCUCCAUGACUCUUACCUGUAGACAAGGAUAUGCCUUCCAACAGGAGCAGAUCCCUGUAAAUACUCCUUCAGUCACCAUUGAAUGUGGUUUCAAAGGAAUAUGGAAAAAUUACCUGCAAAUUCCAAGAUGUACUCCAAGAUAUUGUGGAGACGUGCCUAAUAUAAACAAUGGAUAUAUUGUAUCCUCUAACGGGUCAGUGUUUGGAAGCAAGGCCACAUACAAAUGUAACACUGGUUCCACCUUGUCUAGUGGAUCCCUCGAAAUCUCGUGCCAGUCUAACGGUGCUUGGGAGUUUCGACCAACUUGUUCAGCUGCAAGAUGUCCUGCUAAUCAAAUUUCGACAACAAUUAAUAAUGGGCAAGGUAGCCGUAAGACUGGAGAUGGGACAUCAAUUGGCACUAUCUAUGAGUAUGAAUGUAACGCUGGCUGGGAGAUUGUUGGUGAGCCGUAUGUUUUCUGUAACGAAAAUGGUAUUUGGUCUCAGCUCAGAGCACCAUCUUGCAAGAGGUUAAGGUGCCUUUUACCAGACAUUGACAAUGGUAGCUUCAACUUUUUGGAGGGAGACUUUAUAGAUGCUGGAAGUUCUGCAACAGCCACUUGUUCGCUUGGUUAUGGUUUUGCCCAGGGUAGCCCAAGAACUAUUCAGUGUGAUGACAACAGAGAACUCUCUGAAAAGCCACAGUGUGUUGACCAGGAUGAGUGCCUCACACCUGGCAUAUGUCAACACAAUUGCCAUAAUACUGUGGGAAGCUACUAUUGUUCUUGCAAUGAUGGUUAUAGGUUGAGCUUUGAUCAGUCCUCCUGCACAGAUAUUAAUGAGUGCACGGAGGGAACACACAGUUGUGAUGGUUUUUGCACCAAUAUACCUGCAGGGUCUUACACUUGUUCAUGCAGCCAGCCAUAUGUGUUGUACACUGCCGACAUGACAUCUGGUUAUAGGAUUCCAACAUCUGCUGGCGAGAGAGGAGACUUAAGCACUGAUACCUUCCAUAUUAAUCAUACUUGUGUCUUGGUUACAUGUAACUCCCCUGCAGCAACUAUUGAUAACGGACAACUUCUGACAAAGCGUAAUUACCAUCGCUAUGGGGACAGUGUAGAGUAUCAGUGCAAUAUAGGAUACAUCCCUCGUAGGACCAUUCUUACCUGUGGUAGAAGCGGCACCUGGAACAGGUUACCCCCAACAUGUUUAGCUGCCACAUGCCCUACAGAGAACAUUGGAUUCGUUCAGACAGCGCCUACUUACAUAAAUGGCCCCUAUGCCUACGGUCAGCGACUAACACUUGAAUGUGAUGUGGCAGGACGAAAGUUCAACAAGUACAGAUUUUGCACAUACAACAAGGAUACAGAUACCUAUGAAAUGCAGGGAUCAUUAUAUGAUUGUGGAGUUGUGGACUGUGGUACACCGAAACAAGAGCCAGGAAGCAACUACGGUGUUGUGUCUAAUACCUUGUUUGGAAAUUCAUUUCAAUUUACUUGCGGAAGUAACACACGGAAGGGACAAACAAAUGCAGGCUCAGCGAGUACUGUUACCUGUCUAAAAGAAGGAUAUUGGGACUUUGGAAGUCUUCAGUGUACAGCUAAUUCAUGUGAGGAUCCUGGCCAUCCAGCUGGAGGGGAGAUUAUUGCUACCAGUUUCGCUGACAAAAGUACAGUGAUGUUCAGGUGUCUCCGGGAAGGCUACACACUUUCUAAUAAUGUUACACUGACUUGCCAAGGAACUAAUUUCUUUUCUGGUGGUGAAACUAUACCACAGUGUAUAGACACAGAAAAACCUGUCAUCAACAACUGCCCUACAGAUCCAAUUAUAAUUGGAAAAUACGAGCUCCUACAGCCAAAGUUACCCCAGUUAACUGUCACUGACAACACUGGAGUGCGCAGCUUCACUAUUGAACCAAAAAAUGCUAAUACCACUUUGUAUGUCAGUACUAACCUUAAUGUGAUAUACAGAGCUACUGACCAUGCCGGGAACCAGGAGGUCUGUGAGGUUCAGAUUAUAAUAGAAGAUGAGGUACCGCCAACAGUUACAUGCCCAUCUGAUCGCUUUGUUUACUUGGAGACAACUGGAAGCACAGUACAGUACACCAGACUGACUCUGGAAGAGGUAGUACCAUUCAGUGAGCGCAGUUCUAUAAAAAACUUUCAGGUCAUAGAGGAACCAGGGCAACUAUCAGCUUCUGAUGUAUACAAAACAUAUACAUAUACAGUACUUGUGACAGAUCAAGCAGACAAUUCUGCCACAUGCCAGGGACAAAUUUUCGUGAGACCAAAAGCUUGCAGUGAACUGUCAUUCCCAACACCGUUGCAUGCAGAUAAAGAAUGUGUAAACAUUAAUAAUAGGCUAACAUGCACACUAACAUGUGAGGCUGCAUACACUUUUGAUGAUGGGAAAACAAAGACAAUACAAUGCAUAGGUGAAACAUGGGAUACUGAUUGGAUUCCAGCCUGUGUUAAAGAUCAGUUUAGUCCUGUGGUCAGAUGCCCUCAAUCAUUGCAGAUCAAUCAGCUGUCCAAAGCAGGUGAUACACACCAGGUUGAUUUCACUUCACUGAGAAGUAGUGUUAUAAUAACAGAUUUAAAUACAUAUAAUGAUGCUGUAUUUUCACCUGAGAGAUAUACGUUCACAGAAAGUGACUUAUACAGACCAGUAGAUAUAACGGUGUCAGUAACAGAUUACGCAUCAAACACAGGCUAUUGUAGCUUCCAGUAUACAGCUGUUCCUCCUGUUUGCUCUGAACUGUCACUGCCAAGGACUCAGUUUGGAAGUGUUGUAGGCACUCGACGACAGGCAACAUUUACACGCAGUGCAGGAUGGGAUGUUGUUAUUACUUGUGAUACGGGGAAAAUUCUACGCAAUAUCGGUUCAACGACCACAGUUAGUUGCAAUGAUGGCACUCCCUGGUCUGACAGUAAAAUCUUUCCUACUUGCAUUGAUGAUAAAAAACCACCAGUUUUAGUAUGUCCACCUUCAAGACAGGAAAGAAUUUCCACUGGAAAUGAAGUACGGGAGAUUGAAUUUGCGGACAAUCCUAGUUAUCCUCACACAGAAACAGACUACAGCCCUAUCAAGAGUCUUGUGUUUAAUCCACAAAGUUUGACCCUGAAUCAGGCAAUUCUCAAUACUGCACAGACAGUUCAGAUGUUCGCUACUGAUGAUGCUAACAAUGUUGCCUUCUGCUCUUUCGAGGUUCUUGUUGCGCCUGAGACAUGUUCACCUCUAACUUUACCUUCCCCAAUUAAUGGAGACAAGUCAUGUGAACCAGUUACGAAUGGUUACAGAUGCACCAUUACUUGUAAUGCUAACUAUCAUUUUUAUGGGACAACACAACAACAGAUUACAACAACAUGUCAAACGAAUGUAAAUAACGGACAGUUUUCUCAGUUCAUUCCAGACUGUGCAAGAGAUGAUGAUGUGACAGACAAACAGUUUAUUGCUAAGCUCAGUUAUCAGUAUGUGCCAGCAGAUGAUACUGUAACUACUGUUCCAUCAUCGUGCAUUACUUACUACGCAAAUGCUGUUUCACAAUCUAGCACUGGAGAGUCUGUAUUUGCUAGUAUGUCAUCCAGACUUUUAAGAAGUUGUGAUUCCGUAUUUGGACCUUUUCCAAACCUACAACUUUCAUUCCUCCCAGGAAACACAGAAGGAUCUGUUGUUAACCAGAGACAGGUGAACAUGCUUUUUGCAUACACAAUGUUAUACACUGAUCCAGAUGUUUACAUCACAUGCACCAACUCGUUUGAUAAAGAUAUAGGAGAAGCUGGCAACACAUUUGCCCUCAGUUCUAAUAUACCUGGUAGUAAUGAGUGCCCGGAAUUGAAGUGGAAUAAUUUUGCUAAGGUGUUAGAAAAUGGCUCAUUUUGUGUAGCACCAUUCUAUGCGUCGCUGACUAAUGGCGAUCAAUGUGUGCGCUGCCCUGCCGGGACCCAGUCUAAUGGGGUUCAGUGUUCGGUGUGUCCGGUAGGUACUUACAGGACAUACAAUGGGCUAUCUUGCACUUCAUGUCUAGAUGGGUAUACAACACGUUAUCCAGGGGCAACUGACUCUGGACAGUGUAUUGCACCUUGUGGCGCAGGUCAGGUGUCACCAUCAGGGUUUGGUCCUUGUUAUUCUUGCCCAGUAGGAUCGUAUAAACUUAGUAACACACAAUGUCAGUCAUGUGGCUCUGGUGAGACUACAGAAAGUCGUGGUGCAAGCGGAUCCGAUGCCUGUGUAGCCAGUUCCUCCAUCAAUGACGAACCUUGUACCAUUGGAACUCAAGAUAUUGGUAACAACCAGUGUGAACUAUGUUCUGUCGGGACUUACCGAAGCAUAAAUACAGCAACAUGUAUACCUUGUCCAAACUCUGACACAAGUACAUAUUUCAGGGGUAGUGUCUCAAGUUCUCAGUGUUUAGCAAAAUGUAGUCCUGGCUAUACCUCAUCUAAUGGCCGAGCUCCAUGCCAACCUUGUCCUAAAGGUCAGUAUGCUGUGAACACAACAACAUGCUUGAACUGCCCCCUGGACUACACAACUAUAACAGAUGGUGCAACAACUACUGGCUGUGUCUCAGAGUCUUCUCUCAGAUUAAAUUGUCCAAAAGGAACAUCAAGGAAUGUUAACACUGGAUCCUGUGAUAAAUGUGAAGAAGGCACAUACAACUCUAUUGAGGAGGGUUCUUGUAUCUCAUGUGAUAAUAUUUAUACAACAUUCUUUGAAGGAGCAACAGCUGCAACCAUGUGCAGAUUGAAAUGUCCUCCUGGAUUCUAUUCUGCAACUGGAAGGGCUCCAUGUACACCUUGUGGUGUUGGGAAAUAUUCAUCAACAUAUGGAGCACAAGCAUGCACACCAUGCAGUUUGGGUAACGAUCAAAUAACGGCCACAACUACAUCAACAUCUAAUUUACAGUGCAUAGCAAAAUGUGACGAGGGUUAUUUCUCAUUCAGUGGUUAUAACCAAAAUAAUGCAUGCAGGCAAUGUCCCCGUAAUCACUACCAAAGCCUGAAAGGGUCAACAGGAUGUAUACAGUGUGAUGGGAGUUCCAGCUACACUGAAAGUGGUGCUCGUACAUCUCCUAAUGAUUGUAUAUCUUUUAGUAACCAAUGUGACAAUUACUGUGAGAAUGGCGGAAACUGUGUGAUACAGGAUAAUUUGUCUGUUUGUCAGUGCCCACAAGGACAAUACUAUGGACCACAAUGUACCUUAACUGUGAACCACUGUGCGUCUGAUCCUUGUUACAAUGAUGGUAUUUGCACCAGCACAGCUUCUACAUACCAGUGUAAUUGUCGAGGUGUGGCUACAGGAGACAGGUGUGAGAAUAUAAUCAAGAAAUGCAACAGUGAUACGUGUUUAAAUGAAGGCCAUUGUGUUAAUAUACUCAAUGGCACAAGAUGCUUAUGUAAAGAGGGUUUCACUGAGUCAAACUGUGCAGAUCAGAGGGAUAUUUGUCAGACAAAUCCAUGUUCACUAACAGGAACCUUGGAAUGCAAGGACGUUAGUCUAGAUAAUGAUUUGCGCCGCUUUUGUGUAUGUCGAUCAGGAUACACUGGGGAGACGUGUAGUGAGGAUGUAGAUGAAUGUGCAUCUAACCCAUGCAUAAAUGGUGGCACAUGCCAGAAUCUGCUGAAUGCAUUCAGAUGUGAUUGCCCGACUGGUUACGGCGGUACUUACUGUGAAUCACGCUCCAGCACAUGCUCAAGAAUCAACUGUCAACAAUCUGAUACAUCAGCUUCCUGUGUUGACGUACACAGCAGAGACCAGCCAACUUGUAUAUGUAAUCCAGGAUAUUCUUAUGAUAAUGAUGGCUAUUCCCAGUACGAGAUCAGACUGGACAGGGCACCCAGCAACCUUGAAACCUAUACGGCUGCUGCACCUGACACAGUCGCAGGUUGCCGGGACAGAUGCACAAGUCUCGGAGUAAGCUGUGACAAAUUUGCAUUUAGCACGGCAGACAACAAAUGUUACGUGUGGAGUUCAUUUGUUCAGCUGAAUCUUAUUACCUAUAACGGUGUCAACAUGUACACAAAGAUGGUGAUUUAUCCCGAUGACGACUUUUAUACACCGAGGUAUAACCUUAACACACCAACUGUAUUCUCUCAGUCAGACAGAGAACUUCUAGCUACACUAAAUAGCUAUGGUUUGAACAUUUGUGCUGGAACGGUUCCAUUGAGCACAAGAUGUUGUAAUGUUGAUGAAACCUGUCUUGAUAAUGAAGGCCUUCCACUAGGUGUGUGCACGCCAAGUGGACUUGACUAUCCGAAUACGUUACAAGAUUAUGAUGUCCAGUUCAAGUGCUCAGUGAACAGAGUAUUUCAGAACAAUGUCUGCAGUCAGAAGUUGGACUACUGUAAUCCUGAUCCUUGUGUAAAUAGUGUACGAUGUACAAGUAUUUUUGGCGGGUACACAUGUACCUGUUUGAACGGUUACACAGGCAGGAACUGUCAGACGAACAUUAAUGAUUGUGCAAACAGCCCUUGUGUCAAUGGAGGAACAUGUGAGGAUUUAGUGAAUGACUAUAACUGCAGGUGCACGGAUACCUAUGAAGGCCGAAACUGUGCCAGUCCGAAAAUCCGAAUUUCUGCACUCUGA